AUGGUGCUGGGUCAGCUGAUGCAACUGAGGGACAGUGGAAAUGUGGACAACAGUCAAGAAUAUAUUAUGGAGAUGAUUCAGGCCUACUCUCAAUUGAUCAGCCAAGCGACUAAGAAAGUUGAGCUGACUGGAUUUAUUUCCUUCUGCCGUAAACCAAACACCAGCCGAAAUACCACAACGAUUCUGGAGGCGAUUUUGCAGAAAGCUGCUGGUUUGGAGCACCUGGAUCUCCGUUAUAAUUCGAUAAAGUUUCUGCUUCGGUGUCCUGCCUUGAAGAACAAUUCCAUAGAAGCAAUUCUAAGAAUGGAAAAUCUGAAGAUGAUUCAGUUUUGGGUGGUUAAAUUCGAGCAUGUCAAGCAUGCAAUUUGCACCUGGCAUGAACUAGAGGGCGCACACAACUCGAUUCUGAAAUUCGAUAACAUUGAUAGCUUAGCGCUGUACCUUCGGCCAAAUGAUUCUACCCUCAACUCAUUUUUGGAAGCGUAUGGAGCCAACCUCCACACUCUCGUGAUCGAGGCAGAAUAUAGUUACUAUAUUAUGGACAUGCCUUAUAUCAACUUUUCGUUCGAAAGGAUUUUCGAUGCUUGCCCGAAACUGCAGAAGCUGGAGUUGCAUAGGGUGCACAUUUUGGACGACAAGAAGCCUCUCAAGUCUUUCGCGCAGCUGCGAGAGCUUCACUGGUAUCCGAAGUAUGAUCUUAGACACUUUUGUGACCUAUCAAACAUCCUGGCGGCGCCAAAUCUACACAAGUUUACCUUCCCUGCUGACAGGUACAAAAUCAGUACUGAGAGUCUUCGGAAGCUGACGUCGUUGGUACAUUGUCGGGUGGAUGAGAUGAAAGACAAGUACAAGUCAAUUCUACACUUCUCAAGCAUCGAAUGUUUGAUUUUAGACGAUCUUCAGUCUAUUCCGAUGCUUGACAGAUAUAUUGUCGCUUAUGGAGCAAACCUGCACACGCUGAUCAUCGGCGGACAUUUGGAACCAGAGAAAACAAUGGACGGACAAAGCCGCGGCCAGCAGCAACAGCGAAACGAUGCUCAAGAAUACCCACCGAUUGCGCAGUUGCGGGUUAAUGACAGAUCCGUCCAGGCCCGCGGCAUGGGACCGCCGCGGCCCAGUUUUACCCAAGCAGCGGCCCCGCCGACGCUGAGGGCCAGCCAGUCUGCAACGCCGUGGGCCAGCCACAGCCAGUCCCUGAUGCCGCGGCCCAGUUUCACGCAGGCAGCGGCCUCGCCGACGCCGAGGGCCAGCCUGUCUCCAACGCCUGUGGGGCUACCUCCCAGUCAGCCCCCGAUGCCCUCCGGGCCACCUACCAGCCCGUCGCCGAUGCCCGACGGCACCAGUAGCAGGGUCGAGAAUAGCGCGUUGCUUAUCAAUCUGUACGACGUGGACAUGAAAUUGAUCAGCGAAAGGGACGGCUCGCUGAAGGAAUGUCCCAAAAAAUACCUGAAGCUAGGAAUUCAAGCUUUUGGCCAUCAGGUGUGGCCCGGAAGGUAUCCUGCGUACGAUGGCAGCAAGCUUCUCUUCAGCUGCAACAAAUUGAUUGAAAAACCGGUUACAGCAGACGUGAAUGUGCGAAACGAAGAACGUUCCGAUGACAGUGGUCAGGCUGUAACGGCCAAACUGCGGAUCACAGUGAAAGAGGUGCAAACGGUCUGUCUCACAGAAAUUGGCCAGUUUUUUAACAAGAAAGACACGGCUCGGUUCCCCCACCUGGCCAUCCAGGCCAUCGACGUUGUCCUGCGCAACUCCGGCAUGACCAGUCUCUUUCAAGUCAACCGCAGUUUUUAUAACCUUUCUUCCGAGUCAAAAAUUGACUUGGGUGGAGGGAUGGAUCUGCUUCACGGCGUCUUCCAAAGUGCCACCCUUGGCGACAACAUGCUCUUACUUAAUGUGGACGUUGCCCACAAAGGAUUCCCCCGCGCCCAGUCGGUUCGAGACCUGGUAGUCAAUCUGGGACGAAAGACCUGGAAACAACAACAGCCAGACCAGUGGCAGCUUUACAACCCUGAGAGAGAGUACCAAUAUAAUGGCUCCGAAAACAGCAGGAAAUUAGACGAGCGGCUCCGCAACUAUCUCAAAGGUCUAAAAGUUGAGUACAAGAUCCCGCAAUUGGCCGGCUCGAAGAGAGUUUAUCGAGUGAAUGAUGUUGUCGAAAUUCCUGGAAAUCUAAAAUUUUGCCUUGAAAGUCCAAAUGAGCAGAGGAGACAGAUUACGGUAGCCGCUUACUUUCAUGAAAUAAGAGGUUACCAGAUCCAGCAUCCAAAUUGGCCCUGUCUGCACGUAGGAAACAAGGACAAGAAAAUCUUUUUGCCCAUGGAGUUGUGCAAAGUUGUGUCAAAUCAAGUCUCAAAAAAACUGAAUGAGGUGCAGAAAGGCAAAAUGGUCAAAGUGGCAGUCAAGGAGCCCAAGGAUCGCAAAAAGAAUAUCACUGAAGCCUUCAACAGCCUGAAAUUGAUGAAUGACCCGUGUUUGCGCGAAUUCGAUAUCGUAGUGGAGCCGCAGAUGACCAAGGUUAAAGAUGGCAGGGUGCUCCCUGCGCCCACUCUCAGUUACGGGGCUGGCCUGGUCAAAGUGACGAAUGGCGAGUGGAAGAUGGGCAACCAAAAGUUCCAGCUGGUCACCAAAGAAGUGCAGAAAUGGGCCAUCAUCAACCUCUGCAUGUGCGCUACGGAAAAAAGUAUUGGAUACCUAAAAGAAAAGUUGGUGUUGAUUGGUAAAAGGGUCGGUGUGACUUUCAACAACGAUCCAAAUAUCCUGAAGAGCAGAGAAGGGCUGAGAAGUGCGUAUGAACUGAGAAAAUUCCUUGAGCGUCAGGUCAGUAAAGGUCCUUUUGACCUUCUUGUCGUCUUCAUUCCUGAUCCUGAUAGUAUUGGAGGAAAAGACCCGCACGCUGUGGUGAAGUACGUUCUUGAGAUGCAGAACAAAAUCUUAACGCAGUGUAUCAAGUACACAACGUUGAUGAAGGUAGUAAAGAAAGAAAGGAACUCCGAGUCAAUUGUGCCAAAUAUCCUGCUGAAAAUCAACACGAAACUUGACGGCAAGAAUCACGUCAUUCUGGAAGGCAUGAGGCCUUCCUGUUUCAAAGAAAACGUGAUGUUUAUGGGAGCAGACGUCACGCACCCUCCUCCAGACAACACUUCGAUUCCAUCUGUUGCAGCCGUAACUGCGAGCCAUGACAAGGAGGUGUUCAAGUUCAGCAUGCAGUGGCGGCUGCAGCCUCCAGGCACAGAGAUAAUUCUGGAUAUGAAGGACGUCGUGCUGAAACACCUCAAGUUCUACGCGGAAAAGAACGGCGGGACAUACCCCAGUCGCAUUAUAUACUACAGAGACGGUGUCGGCGACAGCCAGUUCGAAACAGUUCUUCGCGCUGAACUUUCAGCCAUUCAAAGGGCGGUGGAGAUGGUUGGAUUGAAGCCAAAUAUCACCUUCCUCGUGGUUCAGAAGCGACACCACACCAGGUUCUUUCCUAAUUGUGAGGAACGUAACUCGAUGGCAGAUAAGAAUGGAAACGUGCCUGCUGGCUUCGUGGUGGACACGACCAUCACGCACCCGAGGGAUAUGGACUUCUACCUCGUCAGCCACCAGAGCAUCCUGGGCACGUCUCGGCCUACCAAGUACAAGAUGCUGUACGACGACGCCAACAUGAAUGAGGACGAGGUGCAGCAGCUCACCUUCUACCUGUGCCACCUGUAUGCGAGGUGCAAUCGCAGCGUGUCCUACCCAGCGCCAACCUACUAUGCGCACCACGCCGCCACCCGUGCCAAAGAAUACUACACGGAGCUUACCAUUAACGUGAAUGAUGAGAAUGCUUUGAAAAGAGAGAGCGUUAAGUUGAAUGACCUGAUGAGCAGUUUCACCGUUAAACAUCCCAUGUUCUUUAUGUAG